AAUAAGUCAUCGAACAGUCUGUCGGUGUCGUCGAACCUCUCGCGCUCGAUAUCGUCGCCAAACAUCGCUCAGCUGUUGGAGAAGGAGAUGAAUGGCAAACAUAUGGAUAACAUCGAUACGAACGAAGGGAAGGAGCGUUCGAUGACAACGCCAUCGCAGCCACAGUUCGAUCGAACGCUUAAACCGGCCAUAAAUCGGGAAAAAUUGUAUUUUAACGACUCGACUGUAAUCGAGGAUAAAGUGCGCGACUUUUGUCCGGUGCGAAGCGGCGGCACAUCAAUCACUGGACUCAAGAAUUUGGGAAAUACCUGUUACUCCAAUGCCGUCGUUCAGUGUUUGUUGAAUACAACAGAGUUUUCGUCGUUUUUUAGCAGAAACUUGAAAAUUAACAAAAACUCAAAGUACGGCUCAAAUGGUGAACUGGUUAUGGAAUUGGCGGCACUUUUCCGUCAUAUGGCUUAUCCAUCGUUUUAUACAAUGCUUUCGGCCAAAGACUUCAGGCAAGCGGUGAGCAAACAUAUAAAGGACUUCGUGCCCGGAGCUCAACAGGACUCACACGAGUUCUUAGUGAAACUCUUUGAGAAACUGCACGACGACUUGAAUGAGUCCACCAAAUGGGAUGUCAUCAACACCGGGGUGUCUGAAGGGCUCAGUUUGGACGCCCGGGCCAUGAAGUUCUGGAAACAGCAUAUAUCUAAAAACAACUCUAUUAUAUCGCAACUCUUUGAGGGACUAAUAGUGAACACAUUGAGUUGUUUGAAGUGCGGCGAGAAGUCGGACUCUUUCGAGGUGUUCAGCUGUCUAUCGUUGCCGAUCGGCAACAGCCGAACCACACUAACCGAGUGUCUCAACCAAUACUUCAAACCAGAGCGCAUGUCUGGGGAGACCGCUUGGGAGUGUCCGACGUGUAAACAGAAGAGAGAGGCCGACAAACGGCUUCAGCUCUGGAAACUGCCCAAAAUAUUAAUCGUUCACUUGAAAAGGUUUUCAAUUGAAGGCCGCUAUAAACUGAGAACUUAUGUGGACUUUCCCAUCAAUGAUCUGCCGAUGCGAACCAUACAAAGUGCGAAUCCAAUCCAAUACAGUCUGUAUGGAGUAGUGAACCAUUUCGGGACACUAGAAGGCGGUCACUACACGGCCUUGAGCAAACAUAUAAAGGACUUCGUGCCCGGAGCUCAACAGGACUCACACGAGUUCUUAGUGAAACUCUUUGAGAAACUGCACGACGACUUGAAUGAGUCCACCAAAUGGGAUGUCAUCAACACCGGGAUAUCUGAAGGUCUCAGUUUGGACGCCCGGGCCAUGAAGUUCUGGAAACAGCAUAUGUCUAAAAACAACUCUAUUAUAUCGCAACUCUUUGAGGGACUAAUAGUGAACACAUUGAGUUGUUUGAAGUGCGGCGAGAAGUCGGACUCUUUCGAGGUGUUCAGCUGUCUAUCGCUGCCGAUCGGCAACAGCCGAACCACACUAACCGAGUGUCUCAACCAAUACUUCAAACCGGAGCGCAUGUCAGGAGAGACCGCGUGGGAGUGCCCGACGUGUAAACAGAAGAGAGAGGCCGACAAACGGCUUCAGCUCUGGAAACUGCCCAAAAUAUUAAUCGUUCACUUGAAAAGGUUUUCAAUCGAAGGCCGCUAUAAACUUCGGACUUAUGUGGACUUUCCCAUCAAUGAUCUGCCGAUGCGAACCAUACAAAGUGCGAAUCCAAUCCAAUACAGUCUGUAUGGAGUAGUGAACCAUUUCGGGACACUAGAAGGCGGUCACUACACGGCCUUCUCUCACAACCAAAACAAAUACAAAUGGCAUAAGUUUGACGACCAGGACGUGACCCAAACCAAUCCGGCAGAAGUCAAGUCAGAGAGCGCGUAUAUACUGUUCUACAGGUGCUGCUAACACACGACCCCCUCCUUCCACUUCAGAUCAAUUACUAUUUCGAUAUACAUUACCAUUCAAUCAGUUAUCAAAUUGUUUUGUUUUGCAACCAAAAGAAAACAGAGUUCACAACAAAAUACAAAUUCAAGUUAUAUUUUAAAUACAAUACAAAAG